UUGAGUGGGAGGGGUGUGAGUCAUGUGACCACAAACUUUCUCUCCGGGCAAUCCUCCCCCCUAUGGAAUAAUAAGGAAUGAGUGUCCUUAGGGCGUGGAACAAACCAAAUAGGAAGGGAGGGGUGCAUGAGGCACACAGGGAGAGAGGAUGGAACUAUCAGGGCUUCCUGUAGAACCUCUCAGUGAUGGUGUGUGUGGACAGGUAUUAACCGUUUGUGGACAGGUCUUGACUCAGUAUUACCAUGUCUGUAGGAUUCCUAGUCGAUAUACCUGAGGAUUAUGAGGAGACCAGCCCGACCGAUGAAUUUGACGUACACAACUCCUUCUGCAGUGUGAUUCAAGAUUUAGAAAAUGGAGGAGACAUUGAACUACAACAGCUUGACACAGGUGAUGUGCAAUAUAGACCAGCUGAAUAUCAAGCGGCCACCUUGAAAAUUCUGGCAGAUAUGCCAAGCCGGACAAUUGGCCGCUGCAUGGGAGCAACGCUUUGUGAGUACUACAACCGUACCGUGAUAAAGCGACGAUCCAAAAAAAGGCCAUCCGUUUAUAAUUUACUGCGCUCCUCCAGGCCCAGCCUGCGGCACAGGGAUGAGGUUACAGAGGGAGAACAGGAGCAACAGCAGCUGCUGGUUUCGGAACUUCAGAAGACGUCGGGGGCCCAGAGGACACACUUACUGAAGAGCUUCCCUCUCAGUCUUCGUGUGAAGAGGCAGUUAAGGCACUUAACGACUGAAGGAAGCUGGAGGCAACAGAACGUGAUCCCUUGCUGCAGCGGACUGCGAGACGACCUGAGCAUGGCAAAUCAUCAGUGUUGGUUGUCCUGUCUGUCUGCAAUGUAUGCGCUACGUCCAUGGCAAAAAUCGCUAAAACAGAUCGGGGGACGCUUUGGCUCCAGCGUUCUUUCAUACUUUGUCUUUCUAAAAACCCUUCUUGGAUUCAACAUCUUCAUGUUCUUCCUGUGCAUUCUGUUCAUUGUCACCCCACAAGCCGUGCACCCCCAGAUGGACCUCAAUCCACGAUCGUUUGUUGGCCUGGAGCUACUCACUGGAGCUGGGUAUUUCUCGAGCUCUGCUAUGUAUUACGGUUACUAUAGCAACCUUACUCUGAAUGAUGAGUGUUCUGGAUAUAAUUCCACCACGUGUCCGAGCACCAAGACUUGGCUCCCUUACCAAAUGCCACUAGCAUAUCUAUACACCAUCGGUGCAGCUUUCCUCAGCACGUGCAUUAUCCUGGUCUACAGGAUGUCUUGCUCUUUCGGAGACAGUUUUCGGAUCGGGUAUUUCUCGGGAGUUAUGGCCCUUAAAGUUUUCAGUUCCUGGGAUUUUAAAGUGACUCGGAUUCGAUCUGUGCAGAGACAGCGAGAAAAUAUCUACAUGCAGCUAAAAGAGAUGCUAUGCGAGGACACCCAACAUCCCCAUUACAUGAGGAAGCGGCUGCAGAGUGUCUGUGUCCACGUUUUCUCCUGGACCCUGUGUCUGUGUAGCUGGCUGGGGUCUGCGGUGGCUGUGUUCAUCUUGUCUGAACAACUGCACAAGGAUCACCGUGUAAGGCUGAGGACGAGGGGGGAGCAGGAGGUGGAGGCAAUGCUUUUACCACUACCACUAGCAGUGUCCACAUGUAACCUUCUCCUGCCCUACAUAUACCAUGGCCUUGGACUGUGGGAGAAACUCGGCUCCCCUAUUCUGGAGGUCUAUGUCGCCAUCUGUAGGAACCUUAUUCUGAAGAUAGUCAUCCUUGGCGUAUUGUGCUACCACUGGUUGAGUCGAAAGGCGAGCUAUAUGGAGAACAAGUGCUGGGAGACCUUUGUUGGGCAGGAGCUAUAUCGGUUUGUAAUUAUGGAUCUGGUGUUUACGCUGCUGGACACUGUUUUUGGGGAGCUCCUCUGGAGGACCAUCCUGGAGAGGAGACAUAGACAGAAGCGCAGGACAGAGUUUGACAUUGCACGGAAUGUCCUGGAAUUGAUCUAUGGGCAGACCUUGGCAUGGCUCGGGGUCCUCUUCUGUCCGCUCCUUCCAGCUGUCCAGAUUAUCAAGCUUUUACUGCUAUUUUACGUGAAGAAGGCCAGCCUGAUGACGAACUGCCGCUCCCCAAAAAAGCCCUGGAGAGCUUCUCACAUGAAUACAAUAUUUCUUACCCUCCUCUGCUUCCCCUCCUUCCUGGGAGCCGCUGUGUUCCUCUCCUACACUGUGUGGUCGGUGAAACCCUCAAACUCCUGUGGUCCAUUCCGCUCUCUCGGGACCAUGUCUGAGGCUGGAAAAUAUUAUGUUCAGCUGUUGGGGAAGACCAACCCAAAACUAAGCUGGAUAAACUGGAUCCAUCACUACCUCUGGGAGAACACCUUCUUCAUUUACUUGGCAACAGGAGUCCUGCUGGUUGUGAUUUACUUCCAUAUUCAAAUUGUAAAUGGACAGCGGAAGAUAAUAAAAUUAUUAAAGGAGCAAAUUUCAAACGAAGGAGAAGACAAACGCUUCUUGAUCUCAAAACUUCAUUCAGUUUAUGAGAAGAAGAGCAGAGGCCCUGGGAGACGUCAAGCAAUGCUACAAAAGCAAAAUAUUGCCACUGGUAAGAUCUGAUCUGGAUAUCUCAACCCCCCCAAAUGCUGCACUAACACUGGACGACAGACCCCUGACAUGUGCCAAAGACCUGACCCUGUGAUAGUGAAAAGGACAUUACACUUUCUAAAACCACUUUUUAUACUUGUAUAUUUAUCUAAUAAAACUACUAAACAA